GCAUCCCCCAUCCCCCACUCUGUGUCUGUGAACGUUUGUGUUUCUAACGCGGCUUGCAAACCCGAAAUCGUCAGAGCAGAGCGAGCAGGAGGAGGAAACCGCCAGUUUUUACGCAAAAGAGGAAAAAUACAUUGAAAUCUAACUAAUCUAAAUAGACUGGAAACAUAUAAAGGAGUUAAUAAAUACAAUAUCAUUCGGCUUGAUUGAUUUGCAUAUCCAUUCCUUCUCCUCCUUCAUUAGCCUUUCCUCCCCCCACUGAGAAUGGCAAGCGGGCACCCCACUGACAAAUUCACUUUCUUGUACCAACCAGACACCAGUCAGAACCUGAAGAGUAAGAAUAGACUGUCUUCCACUAUGAACCCCGUUUAUAGUCCCGUCCAGCCCGGGACACCCUAUGGAAACCCUAAGAACAUGGCAUAUGCCGGAUACCCAUCAGGCUACCCCACCACAGCCCCUACCUACACACCUAACCUCUACCAGACAGGGAGUCCAGGGUAUCCACCAGUGCUGCUGGUGAAGCAGAGCUGGCCCCAGAAUCCCUCUGGCCCCGGGGCCACUGACGGCUCCUAUGACCUGGCCGUGGACGCGGGCUCUGAGAGCAGGCAGUACCAGGCCUCGUCUGCAGCAUUCAGAUACACCGCCGGGACGCCAUACAAAGUGCCCCCCACCCAGACCAAUGGAGCCCCCCCACCUUACUCCCCAUCCCCCAACCCCUAUGCCCAAGCCGCCAUGUACCCCAUCAGAAGUGCCUUCCCCCAGCAGAACCUCUAUGCUCAGGGUGCUUACUACACACAGCCUGUGUAUGCGGCCCAGCCGCACGUCAUCCACCACACCACGGUGGUGCAGCCCAACAGCAUCCCCUCUGCCAUCUACCCUGCGCCAGUUCCUGCCCCGCGCUCCAACGGCGUGGCCAUGGGCAUGGUGGCCGGCACCACCAUGGCCAUGUCAGCAGGUACUCUGCUGACCACUCCUCAGCAUACCCCUAUAGGAGCUCAUCCCGUCACCGUGCCAACAUACAGGCCCCAAGGAACCCCUGGGUACAGCUAUGUGCCACCUCACUGGUAGAGCUCAUCUACCCUAUCAUAUCUGGAGUCCAAACAUCGUAUGCAACUACUCAAGUCUUACAUGGGCGCUCUGUGAUCACCAUGGAAACGCCACGUCUGUUUGCAAGAACAAAAGAAAAAAAAGUGCAAGGGUCACUUUAUGCAUUCUUGAGUGUUUUUGUAAAAGCUGCUUUUUUAUUUUAUUUUUUUAUUUAAAGUUUUGUUUCUGAACAUUUUUUUCUUUUGUUUUGCCUAUCAGUUGUUGCAGUUUUUUUACAAUCUUGAUCAUUAUUUCCAGAGAAACUCCAGAAUGAUUUUGACCAACCACAUCUCUUAAGUGAUCUGUUUAUGUUCCGUAAUGACGCUUGUGUGUAGGUGUGUGCUAAGACGCGCAAUGUCGUCACCAUUAUGGUUAUCAUCAUAAUCAUGAACUUAUGCUGCCAAAUUUUCUAACUUUUAGAUAUUAGCACAGUUUUUUUUUUUUUUUUUUUUCAGUUUUGUUUUCCUUAUUCUCUCUCAGAAUGGUCUGGGAAAGGUUAAGGUGUUUUUAUUUUAAACCCGUUUUUAUUUUCAUGAAGUUUUUGUUUCCCCUCAGAUUUCUGUUCAUCCUCCAGUACUGAUAACAAGGGUGUCUUCCAGCUUGUAGCUGUUUAUUAGGUAGAUUUGUAUUGAAUAUAUUCGCUGUCUGGCAGUGCAAAACGUGGUUUUCAAUUUCAUUAGGUAUCGGAAUACUUAGUUUACACCGAGUAGAGAGCAUUUUUUGAGUAAGCCAGUUUGUUUAUUAGUCAGCUUCUAAAUUAUAACGCGUAUAUAUAUUUAUAAUAGGUGUGUGCAUGUGUGUGCUCAUGCCACGCACGCAAAUUGCACGUAGGCACAUUCAUGACAAAAACACACACGGCCCCCCACUCUCACUCUUGCUACACACACAUCACACAUAACAUACUCAUGUGUAUGGGUGUGCAGUGGGUUCAAGGGUUGAACAUUAAGCAGGAUCUCUGUGUGAGUGUGUGCGUGUGUGUGUGAAUAUCUGUGUGUGUGUGUGUGUGUGUGCGUGCGUGUGUGUGUGUGGCACUUAACUGGACUUUCAGGUCUGAUUUCAAUCUAAUAAUCAAAAAUAGUGAAUCUAAAAUGAGUGCCAAGCCCUGCGAGGACAUAAAUGGGGGUCAGGUUGUAACCGAGAACAUUCAGGAAAACGGAAAACGCGUCAAGGAGUUAAAGGGAUGACAGUGGAUUGGGGGGGGGGGGGGGUUAAAAUGGGUUUGGUCAGAACAGAACUCAAGACUAGAUUACAGCAGAGGUCCACGGAGAGGUGCUGAGGGGGGUCCACAUCUCCCUCUCUCCUCGCUGCCUCUGUGGCUAAUAGACCAGUGGUACAGCACUGACCCACUUCCUCUGUGGGAUGCUGGGUUAUGGGUGGGCUUUGUUGCACAGAGUGAAAUGUGUAGCGUCUGAGAUCAAACCAGUUCUUAAAUGCAAUAAUAAAGUCUGCCUUACUGGCCCAGAACAGUAAUGAUAUUUUGUAAAAAGAGCAGAGAAGGGGGGAGACAAAGGAUAGUAAUUCUGUGAACUAUUCCAGGAUAUCCCAGUAGUCUACCAUAAUAUACCCAGAAAUGACUAUAGUACAGUACAUAUCAUAAUAACCUUAUUCAAUAUGUGUGAAGAAGCAUUGCACAAUGAUAAAUAAGACAAUAAGUUCAUUCAGUACAUAGGUACAAGGUACAUUAUUUUAUUUAACAAAAUGUUAAGGAAAAAAAGAACAACUCUUUAGUAUGGUACCCUUUAGUCACAAUAACGUGUUUGUAAGUAAUUCUCAGCGGACAGCAUCAAGUAUUCUUUUAAUCAUUAAGGCAAAUUAACCACUAUUUCAAUAUCUCAAGCUCAAGAAAGGUGAUGUUUCUAAGUGGAGUAGCCUAGGCGUACAAGUGAACCAUAUUUGUCUGUAACAUUGCAUGGGUCAUGCAGAAGAAUGCAGUAUAUAUCCUCACAAAGAGCAGCUUUGUGCUCUGUUGCAAAGCAUGGUUGCAUCAAGUUGGAUUGCAGCUUUGGGUUGUGCUGUCAAAAAUCUUUUCCGAGCAAUCACAUUCCCUCUAUAGCUACAAGAGAAGGAUGGAGAGAGAGUGUGUCAAAGCAGGGUGAAAAAAAGAGGCACUAUUAUAUGGAGUAUGUAAUGUUUUAAAAACAUUCCUACUGAAUGGGAGCACUUUGCGUACAGAGAAAAUGGCAUUCCAGAAGUCUAAGAACAACGACAGCGAUGCAUUCUGAAAUUGAAUUCAAUUCUUUUUGUUUUGGUUUCGGGGUCUAAAAUGAUUCUGUUCAGAUUUAUUUCACUGCAGGUGAUUUUUUUUUUUUUUUACUCUUUAGGUUUGAGCUGCCUCACUGCUGGCAAAGGCGGUGAGGACUUUUACGAGCACAUCAGCUCGAGCCCAGUCGAGGUCCUGUGUAAGCAUUCUUCAUUUCAAUGUUGCUCUUUGCCUGAACUCUUUGACAUCCUCUCUCGUCCAUUUCUCCCGGAAUUUGGGGUGGUCAAAACCAAGACACAACAAAAGCAUUCGCCUCUCAAAUCAGUAUUAGAGGGAGAAUUCAAACGUGUUUCGUGUAUCUAUGCUACUCAUUGAUUUGUAACACUAAGACUUGAACAAUGCAAUGCGGUUUUUGAUAGAUUCUCUGGCCCCCUGUGGUUAUCCACUGGUGAUCCACAGUGGAUUUCAGAACUCUAGAGAUGCAUCCUAGGAUUUGGCAGUUGUCAUUCAGUAUAUAUUUUACACUGAGAGCUGAGGUAAAGGGAAAAAAAGACAAAAACAAAAUAGUUUUCAAAACAAAUAUACAGGUUGGUUUUAAAAAAAAAAUUGAGAGGAAAUAACCUAGGAUUUGCGGAAGUCCAUUCUGACAUGUGAUUUAAGCGCUUUUUACCAUAAGUGUUAUUUAAGGUUUAAUGAUGAUUGAUGUUUAUUAUUCUUAAAUAGAGGAUCUUUAUGGUUGAGCUGAAGUGUGGUGCGUCUGUGCGUCGGUCCGUGGGCAUUUCAGAGCACAAGUCUAAAGGGGUUCUCUUUCUCACAUACACUAGAGUCUUUCCUCGCCAUCUCUGUAGCCCUGUAAAAUUAAAAGUGGAGGGGGCACCGUCAUGCUUCUUUAUCUCAAAAUGUAAGGGACUUCAUAUUAUUAACUGUAUAUUUACAGCAAGACAAUGUUUAUUCACAGUUAUAUAAACUCCAUUCAGUUAAAAAGAGACAUAGAAGAUCUGAGCUCCAAAUCUAUUCUGAUCUAUUAGAGUCAGGGGCCAUUUACUCAUUAGCAAUUUCCUAAAUUGAAUGCAGACAUCUGAGCCAGACCUAAAGGCCUGCGCUCCAGCUUAUUCAGUCAUUUAUAUUUCAGUGUGACAGAGUGGACAUAAACAAGCCAAGUUGUCAUUUAUGAACCUGGAAAACUUGGCCAGUCAUGGGUCGGCUGAUGAUUGUUGUUGGCAGGGAAACCGGGAUGCAGGUAUAGAAAUGCAUUUUCUGUUGCCAUGACAUUGGCCAGAGAGGUCUUUUUUUUCUUCUUUCACCCCAUUCGUUGACAUAUGCUCAUGUCACAUCCCAUCAUACAA